ACGUACGCGCCAAUACAACUGCCAUUAAUUAUAACAAAGAACGAAAAUUGCCGGUCUGGAUUCUUGAGUUUCAUAUUAGGUGUUGUGUUUUGCGAAUGGAACCUCGUGGACCAAGUUUAAGUGGUGGAGAAAGACUGACAAAUAAAGAAAUCGGGAUGCUUAGAAAAAUUUGUUUGAACUCUCGCUGUGAUUUGCCAGAUCCUGAUAGGUGUUGUUGCUGCCUUCCUUUAAGACCUGGUCUCCUUACAUUAGCUUAUAUUAAAUUGGGAAUAAGCGUGCUGUUGUUAUUGAUAAUAAUCUAUUUCAUUCUAAUCAUUUAUUUAGUAUUCACUCAACACACGGAUGUGACCCAUGUAUUGAUAUGGAUAGCUCUUUGUCUUGAUUUUGUGGACAUAGUUAUUGGAAUUAUCAUAAUUGUAAGCGCUCAUAAGAAAAGCAUAAAAUUCAUGGAAAUUUAUUAUAAAACUAGUAUCUUUGUCUUUCUAAUGCUGUCGUUCCUGUGCGCUGUGAUAUUUCAUGUUAUAGCAGAACAUGUGUAUUCUCUUCUAAUCCUGCUAACUGUGUUUUUCUUAAUACUGUUGCUGCAAAUAUAUAUUGUACUACUAGUACGCAGUGAGGUCUUGAAGUUGAGAAGCAAUGCACAAUUCCAAUUUUUAAAUAACGAGACUGAGCCAGAGUGUGUAUAUAUCAAUGGUGGUAGUACGUGACGUUUCUGGUGCACAGAUUACGUACAGAUAAAAUAGAAUGCCGUCCAAAAAUCGUCACAGAUAAUUUAUAUAAUAAAAAAGACUUUACUAUUGUUUAAGAAAAAAAAUUCUUUGGUAACAAAUAUUUGUUACGCCAUAUUUGUGUUGUAACUUGUAAGGGUAUAAUUUUUUUAUAUUAUUUAAAAAAAAUGUGAUAUAUGAAAUACAUAUUUCUGUACUAGUUUUUUAAAUAUAUUUAUUUUGACUGAA